ACGGUCCCUCCGAGCUCCCUCUAUGAUCACUCAUAACCCUUUGUAAUUAACCCUACUGCAUACCACUAUCUCCUCGUAGUGUCUAUAUAAAUCUUCCUCAUUCUCCCGUUAGCUCCUCAUUCCAUCCAUCACUAAGAGACUAUAGACUAUCUACACAUGCAUUAUGCACAAUUGCAUGUCCUAAUAGUCUGUGACUUUUGAUCCCUUAUAUACAAACAGCUAGCUUAUAAGUUGAUUAGUGGAAGAGCAGUAAUUUGAGAUCAAAAUGGCGGAUAGCGGUGCUGGUGGAUCGUCAGGGGGAGCGGUGAACUACAGCAGGAGAAUCAUGGGGAUUACGGUGCCGGAGAAGGUCCAGCUCCACGUGGCCAUGCUGGCCUUGCAGUUUGGUUAUGCUGGUUUCCAUGUUGUCUCCAGAGCGGCUCUUAACAUGGGCAUCAGCAAGAUUGUCUUCCCUGUUUACAGAAACAUUCUUGCUUUCUUCCUCCUCUUGCCUUUCGCUUACUUCCUCGAAAAGAAAGAGCGUCCCCCGCUUACUCUUUCGUUUCUUACCCAGUUUUUCCUCCUUGCUUGCGUCGGAAUAACAGCUAAUCAGGGAUUCUACUUGGUGGGAUUAGACAACACAUCACCUACCUUUGCUUCCGCGAUACAGAACUCUGUCCCUGCCAUUACAUUCCUUAUGGCUGCAAUCCUCAGGUUAGAACAAGUGAGGCUCAACCGAAAAGAUGGCAUAGGCAAGGUGAUAGGAACACUGUUUUGUGUGGCUGGAGCCAUGGUGAUCACUUUGUACAAAGGGCCAACCAUAUACAGUCCAACUCCGCCGCUUCACAGGCCUAAUGUUUCGCCACUCUUGCUCUCUCUUGGAGAUGCUAAGCCCAAGAACUGGACUCUCGGCUGCAUUUUCUUGAUUGGACAUUGUCUCUCAUGGUCUGGCUGGCUAGUCCUGCAAGCCCCGGUGCUGAAGAAGUACCCGGCUAGGCUAUCCGUCACAUCUUACCAGUGUUUCUUUGGUGUUAUUCAGUUUCUUGUUAUAGCUGGCUUUGUGGAGAGAGAUCCACAAGCUUGGCUCAUUCACUCCGGUGGGGAGCUUUUCAGUGUCUUCUACGCGGGGGUGGUCGCAUCAGGGAUUGCUUUCGCGGUACAGAUAUGGUGCAUUGACAGGGGAGGCCCCGUGUUCGUGGCGGUGUAUCAGCCUGUUCAGACCCUUGUGGUCGCUAUAAUGGCUUCGGUUGCGUUAGGCGAGGAGUUCUAUCUAGGAGGGAUUAUUGGAGCGGUGCUGAUUAUAACAGGGCUGUACCUAGUGCUGUGGGGUAAGAAUGAAGAAAGGAAAUUCGCAAUGCUGCAAAAGGCAGCUGCGAUUCAGAGCCCGACGGAGCAAGGAAACAGCAGAAGCCACAUCAAAUCCUCCCUGGCUCAGCCGCUGCUCUCUCAGACCACCGAAAGUGUUUAACCAGCUGAUCAGCCAGACCCUGAUUAAUUAACAGCAGGCUUCUUCGCUAAAGGGUUUAAAUAGUCUAGUACUCCUAUAUGCAAAAGGUUUGGUUUGUGUGUAUGAAAAGGACUAAAGUUUUGGGUUUUUGUUUUCAUUUUUAUUUAUCCACUGUGGUAAAAGAGUGACAAAUGGAUCAAUUUGUAAUAGAGAAUCAUGCAAAUAUAUGGAUGGAAGGAGGAUUCUCACA